AUGAGUGAUCUGGCUCUGGAAUCUCAAAAGAAAAUCAUGCCUGACACCAAGGCUGCCGAAGAAGGCCCCCGAAGGGCCGAUGGCGUCUCUCAUCUAUACGAGGGUAAUGUUUUUGACGCAACGCCCGAAGACCGUCGCCAGAUCGGUGUGGUUAGUGCUGCCUUUCUGAUCUUCAACCGUGUCAUCGGAACCGGUAUCUUCGCAACACCAGCGACAAUCUUGUCGCUGUCUGGUAGUGUCGGCUUGUCUCUAUUCAUGUGGGUGAUUGGCACGCUGAUUGCUAUGGCUGGAACUGCUGUCUACCUCGAAUGGGGAACUGCCAUCCCAAAAAACGGUGGCGAGAAAAACUACCUGGAAUAUGUUUUCAAGACACCUCGGUUCCUCGCUACCGCCAUGUUCGCUGCCUAUGUUGUCCUGUUGGGUUGGGCAGCUAGUAAUAGUGUCGUGUUCGGACAGUAUAUUCUCAACGCUGCAGAUAUCGAGGUUGGUCGUUGGAAUCAGCGUGGCAUUGGUUUGGCCUGUCUCACGACCGCCUUCCUCGUCCAUUCCGUCGCAUUGAAAUGGGGUCUUCGCCUUCAGAACCUGCUCGGUGUGAUCAAGUUGGUCGUUAUCGUCUUUGUUGUGGUCGCAGGAUGGGUGGCUUUGGGAGGCCACAUGAAAAUCGACCCACCGCACAACUUCAGGAAUGCUUUCGAGGGCACAACCGGAAGCGGAUAUGGUAUUGUCAUGGCGUUGUACAACGUCAUCUGGUCCUUCAUUGGAUACUCAAACGCCAACUAUGCCUUGAGCGAGACCAAGAAUCCCACCCGCACACUGAAAAUCGCCGCGCCGGUUGCCAUUGGAGCAGUUGGAGUUCUGUACAUGCUUUGCAACAUUGCUUACUUCGCUGCUGUGCCUAAGGAGCAGUUCGUUGCGUCCGGCCAGACUGUUGCGGCCACCUUUUUCGGGAAUAUGUUUGGCAAAGAAGCAGAGAAGGUCAUGUCGGUCUUCGUAGCUCUGUCUGCCUUUGGAAAUGUCUUGUCUGUGAUUUUCUCUCAAGGUCGAAUUGUCCAGGAACUGGGUCGUGAGGGCAUCCUGCCUUUCUCGAAAUUCUGGGCUAGCAACCGGCCAUUCCAUGCUCCCGCUGCUGGCCUUUUCGAGCACUGGGUUGUCUCGGUCAUUAUCUUGUUGGCUCCCCCACCUGGAGAUGCAUAUAACUUUUUGCUCAAUUUGAUUUCGUACCCGCUGUCCCUUGUCAAUGUGUUCGUGUCGGGCGGUCUCAUCUAUAUCUAUUUGACCCAGAAGACUCGCUUUCCUGACUGGGCCCCCGGCAUUCGGGCUACCCUACCCAUUACUAUUUUCUUCUUUAUCUCGCAAUGCUACUUGGUGGUCGCCCCAUACGUGCCACCCAGCGAAGGGCAGAGUGUCUACAAGCAACUGCCGUACUAUCUUCACUGCGUGGUGGCUCUGGGCAUCUUUGCUUCGGGCGCGAUAUACUGGUUCGUGUGGGCAGUCUUACUGCCGAAGUAUGGCCGAUACAUGCUGGUCAAAGAAACCGUGGUGGACGCCGAUGGCUGGUCCAGGAGCGUUUUCACACGAUUGCCACUGGCACAACUGCAGCAGCAGCAGCAACAGUCCUAG